AACAAAGAUCUUACGGGUUUGGAACGACAUGAGGGUGAGUAAUUAUUGACAGAAUUUUCAUUUUUGGGUGAACUAUCCCUUUAAGAACAUGAAGGAUAUGCUGUUAACGUCAGAUACCACAAGACACCUUUAGGGGGCUUGUAGAGUCCAUGACUUGGCAUGUCAGUGCUGUUUUGGCAGCGCAAGGACGAUCACCACAAAAAUAAGGGCUUGACGAGCUUUUCAUGUCAGAGCACCCCUAUCAGAUACCAUUCUAUAAAUAUCUUAAUUGAAUUCCAUACUGAAGUAUGCACUGAACAUAGUAAGAAAUCUGUCUGUUUAGUCAACAGAGGCUUUUCCAGAUAUCAGAAAUUCCCAUAACGGCAUGGAAUUCUGGAAUGGAUAUUACUGGGCCAUCUCUGAGCUCUGGAAAAUCCCCCGGGGCUUUUUCAUCAGGUCUGUCAAUUGGAUUUGUUCCCUACCAUUGAUUCUAGUAUAAAAACCACAACAGACUUGAGUGAUGGCACCAAUUCCACCAGAGCCAAUCAGGGUGACAGCAUUUGUUGUUGUGGUUUAACUCUGUGCUGAAUCUGAUAACGCUGAGGGAAAACAGGGCCCUCUGCAUAUACAGCACUUGUGAUGAAUCGCUUCUGCCAUUUACAGAGAUUUCCUUUCACAGAAGGUCAGGGAUCAGCUUCUUUUGUGCAAAACUGUUUUGUGCCUGGCGAGUUGGCACCUAGGCUGCUUGGAUGAAUGACUCAUGUGUGACAUUAUGAUAACAUUUAGAUUUUGUGUUCUGGGUUGGUCCUCCUGUUUUCAGCCUCAGUUUUGGACAAAGACUUGAUUUAAGGCAGCAAACGUUCACUCAUUAUUUACUGACAGGCCGAACAAUGAGCAACUGAAUUACAGGAAACCAGAUGUGAUAUGGUCUUUAUGGGGACAUGUAAUAAAAUUUGUGAGUUUUGAGAAUAUGUUUUUGUCUAUAUUUAGGAAUUUGUAGUUGUAAUACAGUGUUUCUUUGAAUCUUCUCCAGUCUGUAUCACCCAAGGGCUUCUUGAUUGGCGGCUAUUCGUCAGGGUUGUGUAACAUCAGCACGGUAAUUAAAAACAUCUCCCACUCGUUUAACGGAUUAAUCUUCUUAAUUAUUUAUGGUUCUAUUCUCAGCCCAAAAUCAUGCUAGCGUCCCAGUGCACCAUAUGCCCCAGAUUCUUGGGUCAUACUCGCUUUUUAAUGGCUUUCUGUAUUGAGUACUUGUGUGGAGCUUGUCCUAAAGUCACUUUCUGAGGAGACUAUAGUAUGAGGACAAGAAGAUAAGUAUACUCUGAGCCGUGUAGUGUAUGGGACUGGUGAUCAAAUACUCAUGAUAUAUUCACAAUAAUUUACCUGACGAUAUUUAUUUGGACAGCAUUGCAAAUGUGCAGUCUUUUAACUAGUAUUUGUAAUAAAAUCUUAAUAAAAUGUUGCUGCUUAUCAUCAUGUAUUACUAUAUGGGUGAAAAUAUUAUGUAUUUGUAUUAAAAUCUUUAUAAAAUGUUGCUGUUUAUCAUUAUGUAUUACUAUAUGGGUGAAAAUAUUAUGUAUUUGUAGUAAAAUCUUUAUAAAAUGUUACUGUUUAUCAUUAUGUACUACUAUAUGGGUGAAAAUAUAAUUAUUCUUGUUCAUUUAGUAUAAAACAGUAUGGAAAACAUGGCCUAAUUUUUGAAUCCACUUUGCAACAGUGGCUGUUUGGCUGAAAAAAAAUGCUUUCUCUGUUUAGAACAGAAAUCACAGUUACCAUCUCAGUAGUUACAUUAUUAAUAUUCAGUGCUAAAACUAUACUUGAGUACAACACUUCAUAAUAUAUUUAUAAAGGUUUUGAGAAUUAUAAAGAUAGUAGGACUGAACUCAUUGGUACAUCGGACAAUACACGUCAGUUGCAUUACAGUUUUUCACGCAUAUGUUGUAUCUGAAACUACUCAAUUGUUCACUGUUUCACCAUUCAUUAGUGAAUGCAACACAAGCAGAAAUAAGUGAAUGCAGUCAUCUAGACACAACUGUACUUCGCGUUUGACAGACAGAAAAAAAUGUAAUGUGUUUUGGAAACAAUUCAAUAGAUUACAGUCAGAUGCACCACACGUAUUGUACUCUGUCUCAAACGAUUCUCUCAGUCUAAUUCUCUGUGAGUUUCUCUGGCACUUCUUUUUAGAGGCUUUUUACUUCUAAGAGGCUUUUAGAGGCUUUUUAUUUAGAGUGUUACCUCUCUAAAUCUCUCUGUGAAUCUCUCUACCUCUCCAUGACUCUUUGUCUGAUUCUUUUUGUUUUGGGAAUUUCUGUCCCAAGUCUGUUUAAAUCCCAUAAUCAUGUGCAUUCCAUCUUUCUGAAGUACUUUUUACAGAGUUCAUAGAUGGACAGUCCUGGACUAAUGCUUGACUGAAGAAUUUUAAUGCUUGACCUCACUAGCCAAUCGUGUUUCCACAGAGGAAAAGAAGACUCUCCAAAUAUUUCAUCAACAAUGUCUACAGGAUAGUGAUAAAAAAAAUCAACCUAAUGAAGUACUUUUUUUAAUAUGUAACUCUCGCGUUUUCUGCUCUGUAGGGGUCUGAAUGUCUGCAAGGUUUUUUCCAGAUUGUGCAUGGUUUUCCAUCAGUAGUUGUAAAUAUUUCUCUCUGCCCUCCAUUAAAGCUGACCACAAUGAUCUCAUGUGUCGCCACCUGUUUAUGCUUUCCAGGCAGGUAAAAGGUGUAUAAUACAUGUGAUUGGCAGAGGUGUGAAGUGAGCCAACACACACACCUGUGCUGUUGCAUAAUGGAGUUACACAGGCCUUACAUCACACCAGUGUCCUGAACACUUAUCUGCGAUGCUGCUUUGAAAAGGGGCCUGUUUCCUGCCUGUGAAAUGUUGGUAUCAGGUUAAAUAACCAGCUUUUGUUUACUGGAUGCUGAUGUGAUCUUUGAAGUUUCGCUGUAGUGUCUGUCCAGCAACACAUUGAGAGAGAAAACCUCAGCUCUUCUCUUUUGAUGCUGGGCCAUCGUAAUAGAUUCAGUCAUGUAUAUUUAUGUAUUUUAUACAUAAUUUCUUAAAGAAAUUGCAUUAGGGAUGCACAACAUAUCAAUACCAUACAAAAGAAGUAAAAUCUUUAAAAACAAGUAGUUAAUUAAUUCGUAAUUAAAUCGAUUAAUUAUUUAAUCAAUUCUGCUAAAUAUAAUUUUUUGUUGUUGUAAAAUUCAAAAUAAUUAUCUAUUGUUCAUACUGUAGCUUUUACUGAUUAUUUUUCAUUUCUUUUGUCAAAGUAGUAUAUAAUUUUAAUAUCAACCAUCGUAUGAAAAUAAGUAUCUUCUUAAAUGUAUUGGCCAGAAUUGUAAUAUUAUGCACCGAUACGAUUCAUUUUGUUUAUUUCAAUUCAUUUAUGCAUGUAUGCAUUCAUAUUUUACAGUUCAUACAAUGUAGAAGCAGGUCAUCAUGGAAUAGUUCAUCCAGAAACGAAGUCAUUUAUUCACCCUCAUGUUGUUCCAAACCUGUAUACUGGCAUCUUUAGUGACCUAAAGGGGCUGCCAAGCUCUAAAAAGGAGCGGUUUGAGGCUCUGUUCAGGAUCUAUGAUGAUCAGACGUCCUUCCAGAUGUUCAAGAGUUUCAGAAGAGUUCGGAUCAGCUUUAGCACUCCAGAGGCUGCUGCACGCGCACGCAUCGAGCUCCAUGAAUCCGAUUUCAACGGCACGAAACUAAAACUGUACUUCGCACAGGUGCAGAAUACAGGGGAUGACGUGGACAAGACAUACCUUGCCCCACCUCAACCUGUCAAGCAGUUCCUCAUCUCUCCACCUGCGUCCCCACCUGUGGGAUGGAGCCAGAGUGAAGAUGCCACACCUGUGAUCAACUACGACCUGCUGUGUGCAGUGGCCAAACUGGGACCAGGUGAGAAGUACGAGCUGCACGCAGGUACAGAGUCCACUCCUAGCGUGGUGGUCCACGUGUGUGAGAGCGAUACUGAGGAAGAGGAAGAAGCCCGGCCAAAAGCCAAGAUUGUCCAGACCAGACGCCCCGACGGUGCCCCGAAAGUCUUCAACUAAAACCUUUGGCACACUUCACACGUUUUUCUCUCUCUCUGUGUCUCUUUCUCUCAUCCAGGGAAAGGCACGCUUUAUUUCAAUAACAAAAAAAGCUGAACUAAGAAUCGGAUGGAUGUGUGGAGGGGUGCUCCGUGCACAGGUGACGUGUGGUGUUCUGAACUGGACUCGUGGACUGAACACACUGUCUCACUGCUGCCUCACGGGACAGCCAGGGGGCGAUGAGCUUGCGACCCCCCUCUCACAAUCAUAGCACUCUCAUUCCCUCAUUUAGAGUCUUUGUACUGUAGCAUUGAAGAGCAGUAAUUGUAUUUAACAGUCGUAGAAGUAGGUUACAUGUAAACUUUGUUACUGUUUGUCACUUUGAUUGAUCAUCAAAGAAAAUAACGCUUUAAAAAAAAGGAAGCAGACCCAUUCUGCUUUCUCCGUUUCUCUCUCGACAGCCGUGUCCGCGUUCAUCUCCAUAUCAGUCAGGUUGGCACACCUGCAGAGGUGGCGCGGCUCGCUGGGAUUGUGACCCAUGUGUGUAUUUAUGCCUGUUCAUACCAUGCUAGAAUGAGAUGACAAGUUGUUUAAUGCAAUUGGCAAGAACGAAGGUGUCGAUUGAAGUGCUUCUGUCAUGUCGGUUAUGAUGAGAGGGUGUUUACUAAGUUAGAUGUGUAUUAUUCUUACUGUGUAUUUGAUACCACACAUUUUUGCAUGCUGACUGGCGUAUUUUAUACUCUAUGUUAAAGCAACCUUAAGCAUAUCUGAUCGCUGUCUUUCAGAGUCAUUGGCCUUGGAAAGCGAAGAAACAGUUGCCAGGUGUAAAGUUCCAUAUUUUGUAUUUGUAUAGCGCAUCAUUCACUUGCAGGCCAGAUAAACAAUUAGGAAAAAGCACAUGGUUUGGGUCUUACUUUUACACCGUGAUUCUGUACCACUUGCAUUGUUUAGCACUGACAAUGUUUGGUUUUUCAUAUCUUCAUAGAUUUAUUGAAUAUACAUUGACAUGCUCAAGUUUCAAAAUGAAAAUCAAUGUGCCAGAACUGAGUACUGAUAAUGAUACUGUCAUAUCAAUGUUAAUUGUUAAGUUGUGCAUUUUGCAAUGACAGGUCAAAUCAUGAAAAUUCUGUCAUCAUUUACUCCAAAGCCGUAUGACUUUCUUGCUUCUAUGGAACUAUCCCAGUUCUUUUGUGUCUCAUCUUUUUUUUUUCCAGUUUAUAAACCUCCACUGUGGUAAUUCAUACCAAAAAGGUAAAAAUAGAUGAAAAUGGAUGGAUGAAAAUGUCAUUUUAAGAUAUUUGUUUUAGUAAUAAUGUACAGUCAGUGAAGUAGAAUGUCACGAUUGAGGAUUUCAGAGAGGCUUGUAAAGAUGGCGGUUAAAUUAGCCUUAUAAAAAGUCACAUUUUAGUCAAAAAAAGAAAGAAAAUUCAGUGAAGUAUUGAGUGAUAUUCAGUCAUAUUUUGAAAUGCAAUGAAAAAGAAAUAAUGCAAACAAAUAACUGUGAAAUUCAUGUGACUUUAAAAUUGCCUUGCUCCCUUGCUUUCAAGUGUUUUGUUUAAAAGCCAAUCCUUCAGUGACGAAUGACUCCUUUAGCAAACAACUUAAUAAAGAAAUAAAUCUAUCAGAA